CUGGGGGUGCAGCCCCCGGUCCCAGCCUGGCGGUGGGGUGAUCCUUGGGGUCUCUGCCCCGUGGGGUCCAGAACCCCCCCCCCCCCCCAGCCUCCAGCAGCCUGGCCGGCAGCACAUUUUGCUGCCUCUCGAGGCUUUUCCCCUCUUUUGAGGGGCAAUUGGGUCCUGCUUCAGUUGCUUCAGACCCAGUGGGUGCUGGGCUCCAGCUGCAUCCGCGGAGGGAAACGCGCUGGGGAUGGGGCUGUGCUCAGCCCUGGAGGGGGGGGUCUCACCCCCCCCAGCUUUGCCGGGGGCCGGGCGCUGCACCCCUCGGGCGGCAUUACCGCGGGGGAGGGCGGCGAUGGGCCCCCCCACCCCCCCACCCCCCCCCAGCUCUGCUGCCUGCUGCGCUGCUCCAUCCCGCUACGCUGCACGGCCACGGGCUUCCUGCGCUUCCCGGGCAGGCUGCUGGGCAUCCCGGCCCAGGCUGGGGACAGGGAGGCGGGGAUGUCACCAUCCGGCCACCGCCAUUGUCUCAGGUCACCGGAGUGGUCCCUCCUCCCCAAAACCAUUACCUGCUUAUCCCUGUCUGUUCCGUGGGCCUCUCUCCUCUCCCGGGGCCACCCCGCCGGGAGAUGGGGUCACCUCCAGCGGGGUCAUGGAGGGGCAGGGAUGGGGACACGGAGCAAAACACAUCGCUGGCAGCAGCCAAGCGUCACCCGGGGCUGGUCCCCGGGCUGGGGGCUGCCAUGGGACCCUCAUGCAAGAAAGGGUCCCCCUCGGCACGAUGCGGUGCCCUCGACAUCAGCCCGGCCGUGAGCGACCGACAGCACGUCCUGGACAGGCUGGGCUGGACCGGACCACCGGUGCCUUGCACCUCCCGCUGCUUUUUGGCCCCAUCGAAGCCGUUUUUGAGGGGCAACGUGGCCGCUCGGCUGCGGAGAGCGGCGGGAGCUGGUAUCCCCAGGAGCCCCCGGGGUUCCCCGAGGCAGCCCGGCAGCUUGCCACCGCAGCAGAGACCCGCGGGCCGGGGGUAGAGUAUCUUUGCUUUAUUUUUUUAAUUAAAACCAAGGCAAGUAGGGUGGCCCAGCGGGGCCCAGCCAUCGGGACCCUCCAGCAAAGCGAGACCUCGGGAAAGCCCAGCGGCCGAGCGGCAGCGGGACCACGGGGCAGCCGGGUCUCGAGCUUUCCCAGCAGCAGGACCACGCUGGAGGACUCGGCCACACCAGGGUCCCUCCUCCGGUCCCCGUCCCCCCCCUCUCACCCCCGGGGUCGCUCCCGGCCAGCCCUGGGCAAAGCAUCUCCCGUGCGGCUCCUUUUUAGCCGCGGAGGGUCUCUGUGCUCCUUCCCCGCUGCUCCGGACGCAGCCAGCCGCCGAGCCUUGCCCCUCAGUGCCGCGGGCAGCCUGGCCGCCCGGGUUGCCCAUUUUCCCUGGGCGAAGACGUGACCCCAUCCUCUUCCUCCUCCUCUUCCUCCUCCUCCUCGCGGGCCGGGGCGACGGGAGGCAGCGGCCGGCUCCGUCGGCUCGCACGUAAGGAUGCGUUUCGCCCGGGAAUCCGCCACGGUGUCAGCACCCAGGUACGUCCCCCCGGCUCUCGGCCGAGCCCCGGUGCACGGGGGGGUCUGUAGCGGGGUGCGAGGUGCAGGCGGGGGCUGCGGGGCGGUGAGCAGCCCGGAGCCAUCGGAUGCACGCUGGGAUGACGGUGAGCGCACGGCAAUGCCAGGUUGCGGCGAGCAAGCUGGUUAGAAUAAAAGAUUGCUAAAAGACACCUCUGC